AAAGGGUUACAUCAAUUGACAAUUGACCAACCCUCACAAAAAAGUCAAAGUCAACAAGAGCAUUCAUCCGACCUCAUAAAUGGAAUCGAUGAAAAUCAAGGUGUGGAUGAAAAAACUAAGGAAUGUGGUCAUGAUAGUCAGGAGUGUCAAAGAAAGACCGAAAAUGAUUCUAUCACACAAAUUAAUAAAGUCGCGAGACCAUCCCUACAAGACUAUCAACACACAUUGCACAGCGCCAUAUCAAUUAUUCCUAUAUUACAGUCCGGCUUGGAUGUAAACGUUCGAUUCAAUUCUAUUCACGGAUUCGAACCUACUGCUGAACUUUCCGUAUUUGAUAUUUUUGGUGUGGAACUAGUUCAUGGUUGGGUGGUUGACCCUCAGGACGAAGAAACAUGGGAAGUUGUAGUUGGAAAGUGUGGCAGUUACAAUAAAGCAGUAGAAUGUGUUGUAGGUGGAGAUUCUGUGAGUAAGGGUGUCGUUUUGGAGAGCUCAGAUGGUAUUUCUGAUAUGGGUUUUGAUAAAUCUGAGCGAUCCGCAAACGCUAUGGAAAAUGUCAGGGUCAGAGAUGCAUUGAUAACAUCACAAUUUUUGGACGCGUCUAAAACUCAACUUACAUACCAUGGAUUGUCAACGUUAUCUGAAGCUUUACCACCAGGAAAUCUUUGCGUAUUUUUCCGGAAUAAUCAUUUUUCCACGCUAUACAAACAUCCUCAAAAUUCAACUCUAUACAUUCUAGUCACUGAUGCCGGAUUCGUUAAUGAACAUUCAGUUGUAUGGGAAUCGCUUAUUGACGUAGAUCAAAGCGCUUCUGAAUUCGUUAAUGGACAAUUUCGCAAAGGUGAAAUUACUGGUGGUGAUUAUGUUGGCGUGAUGGAUGACGAAAUACGUGGAGGAGGAGAUCAAGAUCUCCAACAGCAAGAAGAAGAACGUGAAGCAGAAUUUCGCCGUAAACAACAACAACAGCGCCAGGAAGAUUUGCAACGACAACAGAGGCGACAAAAUCGCCAAUAUGACGCCACGUCUCAAACGUCUAAUG